AUGAACAUACAAAGGAAGAAGAGGGAUUUGGAUCCCAGCAACAUAAUGAUAACUUAUCAUUUCACUGAAGAAAUAGUAUCGCCGGGUAAAGAUAUAAGUUUGCAGUGCACAGCGACCGCCGCCCGACCACCAAGAUUCGUGUGGGAAAGAGAUGGAAUCGUUAUCUCUCUCAAUUCCGAUGCAAGAUACACAGUUGGGCAGGUAAUGUCGCCUUCUGGAUCAGGCGUGGUGUCCCAUUUAAACAUAACCAGGAUAAGAGUGGAUGAUGGGGGGCUGUAUUCCUGUGUGGCCGUGGAGGGAGAGUCACGGGUUGGCCAUUCAGCCAGGAUUGAUGUCUAUGGUCCACCAUACAUAAGAAAUUUACCACCGACAAAAGUGCAGAGUGGUGAAUCUCUUAAACUGAGAUGUCCGUAUUAUGGGUAUCCAAUCAGCAAACUAGAAUGGGAGCACAAAGGCAAGAAGAUAAUAAGUUCUUCUCUCCAACACGGCAGAUACAAAAGAACUUACUUCAGUUUAAGGAAACGCAAGAAAAGACAACUAUAUGAUAGCGAAGAUGGUGUUCUCAACAUACCCAGCGUUGUGAAAGAGGAAACCGGCGAUUUAUACACUUGUAUUGUAUACAGCCCUUCGGGUGAAAUGGCUAGGAGAUCAUUUGAAAUCCAAGUAGUAGAAGCGCCUGAGCUUGAUGAGCUACGAGUGGGUUCCGGACUCAAAGAGGGUCAAAUAGUCCAAAUUACCUGCAACAUUAUUAGUGGGGACCCGCCUAUAUACUUCUCAUGGCUCAAAGACGGAAAGAAGAUACCUGCUAGUUUAAAGAUAACAGAGCGAAGUGCCGAACUAUUCAGCGUUUUGAUCAUAAAACGCGUGUCAUUAGAGCAUUGUGGCAAAUACACAUGCAUAGCCACAAACCACGUUGGCAAAGUGAACCAAACCGCAAAUCUAUACAUUAACGUGGCUCCCAAAUGGAUAGAAGAACCCACAAACAUCUCCCUACUUUUAGGGCAGCGUGGAGUAGUAUACUGCAAUGCAAAUGGUUACCCAACUCCACAAAUACAUUGGAUGAAAAGAGAUGCAGCUUUAGGAAUCUGGAGGCCAGUACUCGACUUAGCAGGUGGUGGGGUGAUGAGCUAUCCAAAUGGAACUCUCAUCAUUGAAGUGGUAUCUCUAUCUGAUGAAGGAAUGUACGCGUGCAACGUCGAGAAUGGAGUGGGGGAUCCUCUCAAUAAGAAUUUAUGGAUCAAUAUCAAUAAGCCGGUGCACUUCGAGUCGGUGGGUUCGAACCUGACUACCAAGACGGGAUUGCCGAUCACACUAACAUGUAAGCCAUUGGGGGACAGUCCUAUCAGAGUCAAAUGGACUUUGGCUGGUAAACCUGUCGAUUUUAGUUCUUCAAGGAUAACCGUAUCAGAAAGCACGACACACGGUGGCAUUAAAUCCGUGAUAAGUAUUAGCUACGUUGAGCCAAGAGAUGGCGGUAGCUACGAAUGUAGGGCGAGCAAUCCUUACGGAGUGGCUACCUAUAAUCUACACUUGGAUAUACUUGAGCCACCAACACCACCUUUAGACCUCCAAGUAGACUCCGUGUCAAGUAACACAGUGAAACUAUCGUGGAGAGACACUAUUAGUACCCACGUGCAGUACUAUACCAUGCAGUAUACUACUACGGAUUUCAUGAUGUGGGAUAGCGCUAAGAGUAUUAACAUUACCAGACAAGACAGUGAAUCUAGACAGAGCAUAGAGCUGAGAGAUCUCCAGCCCGCAGUAGACUAUAGAGCGAGAGUAGCCUCCGGUAACCAAGUGGACCUCAGUCCGUACACACAGCCUGUUCAUUUCACGACCCAGCACGAGGCCCCGUCAUCAACCCCCCUGACAGUCCAAGUUCAGGCGACGGACAAUCCUGGGGAGCUGCUGGUGUGGUGGCUUCCUCCACCCAGGGAGACCCACAACGGGCAGCUUCAGGGUUAUCAUGUGAAGGCGGUGCCGAGGAUUAGCGGGGAACCAGGACCAAACGAUACACAAACAAAGAUCGUAAAAGUAUUAUACAGGAAAGGAAAACAAGAAACCACAUUGAGUGGACUUUUGAAAAAUACGAGAUACGCUGUUUCAGUCAACGCUUUCAACUCAGCUGGGAAUGGUCCUUUUUCCUUGCCCGUAUACCAGUCCACAAGAGAAGGGGCGCCGGAGCAUCCGCCGUCGGGCGUAGAAUGUAGAGGCGUGUCAUCGUCAUCGCUGAGAGUGUCGUGGCAGCCAAUCACAGCGCAGGGCACUUCGCUCCUUGGUUAUUCUGUUCUCUAUGGCACUGAAGAUGGAGUUUGGCAGAAUAUAACAUCACCCCAUACAGAAUUAUAUCUACAAGCUUUGCUUAAAUAUACUAACUAUACAAUUAAAGUUGCUGGCUUCUCAAAUUAUGGUCUUGGGCCGUUUUCUUAUCCCAUCGUUUGCACUACUCUUCAAGAUGUGCCCGGAGCUCCGGCGCAGAUCAAAGUGCUGGUUUCUUCAGCAUCCUCUCUUCUGGUCAGUUGGAAAAGACCGGAGCAGCCGAACGGGGAAAUCACUCAUUACACUGUUUAUGUGAAGCCUGUCUCCAGCACGAGCCCACCACAAAGUUACAGAGUGGAGACAUCUCAGGAGUCUCUUCGACAGUUGACUUUUCCACUAUCAGGCCUAUCCACUGGCAAACAGUAUGAAGUAUUCGUUAGGGCUCAUACCACGGCUGGGGAAGGUGCUCCGAGUAAUAGAGUACAUGCUGAGAUGUCUUCUAAAGUGGUAGCAGGAGUGGCAUCUUUAGGUGGUCCUGUCUCGGUAGGAGUUGGUAGUUCCCUACUCCUGGUCUGCCAGUGUGUGGGCUCCCCACCGCCCAGGACCGUGUGGUACCACAAGCACAACAUCAUCACUCAUCAUCCGAGGUUCACGAGGAAUCACGACGAUAGUUUGCUUAUAAACAAUAUCGACCAGUCACUAAGUGGCAACUAUACCUGUUUAGCAAAGAACCUUUAUGGAUCAGACUCGGUCUCGUACGAGGUCUCGGUGCUGCCUACCCCGGAACCUCCUAGUUUACGAGUGACGUCACACAAGAAUUCUUUGCAUUUGCAAUGGGACUUCCCUAGAAGGCUGGCUGGGAAGUCCCAGAAAAUAAAUUACAACUUAACAUGGAAAGAAGCGAACGGUUCUUGGCAAGACGCGUGGACCAAUAAGGGGACGUCAUUGCAAAACAUUCAAGAGUAUACUAUUGAGGGAUUGAAAUGUGGUACCAAGUACUCUUUGAGGAUGACUGCGGCCAACAGCGUUGGGUCUUCGCAACCGACUUAUAUUGAUUGUACUACUUUGGGAGGGGUGCCCAUAUCGCCAUCCAGUACAGAAUGGUUUUGGAGUAACGCUAGCCAUAUAUACAUACAACUAAGCGGAUGGGACGACAAUGGCUGUGAGAUCACACGAUUUGACGUGGAUUAUAGAGAAUUCGGAAGCAAAAUUUGGAAGAAAGCUGAGAAUAGAUUGUCUCAACUUGACCAACAAUGGAACCUUUACGUGCCAUCAUCAAUACUGAACCAACCGAACUCAUUCGUGAUAUCAGACCUGGCACCAGCUCAGUGGUACCAGGUCAGAGUUACAGCUGAAAAUUCAGCUGGAAUCAGCGUUUCUUUGUAUAGUUAUGCUACUACUACGGUACAAGGAGAAUCCAUCGGCCCACCUUCGGAAUUCUUCGACAUCAACAUGCUGGUCAUUAUCUGCAGUUCCAUACUCCUCAUGAUUUGCUCCCUCACCUGCGUCUAUAUUCUUGUGAAGAGACAUAAUCACCACCGUCUAACGGAAUACAGAAACUCACUCACGGCCGAAUGUAAAUCUGAAAGAAGCAAUGCAACGGUGAACACUCCGCAAAGUGUACCUACUGAUAUUGGUAAUAGAGUCUAUAGUACUCCGGUACAUUUGACAGCUGAUACUAAACAUGAACUUUACGAAAUAAGCCCAUACGCCCAAUUCGCUAUAGGCUUCAGAACAUUUGGGCACGUGGAAAACCAAGAAGUGCCGAGUAGGAUGCAUUUGCCAGGCAACAGCAAGUCAAGAUAUGAUAGCGAGACAAGUUUUCAAAUGAGAUCUGAGUCUGAAGAGAGUGACUGUGUGUCACGGACCACAACAUUAAAAAGCGCGCCAAGAAGUUAA